GUAUAAGGCGUAUAUCCUAUACAAGCUACUGCAAAAUAAGGAGAAUGCAAAGGAGGCUGCUACUAUACCAGAAGCGGAAAAGCGCCGAUUCGCGAGCCUGAUUUCAGGUUGCGAAACGCAUGAUACUCUGUUGAAGUGUGCAAGACUUGUUAAUCAGGCAGUUAAGGAUACUGGAAAGUCAGAAUUGAUGGUUAAGUUACCACGCAAACAAAUACGAGAAUCUCCCACUUUAGAACGGAAACUGGACUAUCGCACUUUUGAGGUUAUCACUUCUGGAACGGCUUCUUAUGCGGCGAUUAGAACUUUGUUUAUGAUAAGGAGUUUGAAAAUACGCAAUUUGGAGAUGUUCUUUGGCACUGCG